AUGCGAUUCCUCUGCGUACUGAUCCUCUCCUGCCUCCUGGCGGUGGCCUAUACCGCCACGACGAGUCCAGCAGAUCCAACAACGACUCCGACAGCUACUCCAACAACGAGUCCAACAACAACUCCAACAACGACUCCAACAACAACUCCAACAACGACUCCAACAACGAGUCCGACUACGACCACUCCAUCCACAGACAGCUCGACCACCAAUUCAACCACCACGGCCACCACUGUGGCCCCCACGACCUCCUCCACCACGGAGGCUUCGACUUCCGACAAGAAAGUCAAACACGAAACCCAUUGGAAGGGCCAUGAGGAAAAGAAGGACAAGAAGUCUAAGAAAGACAAGAAGAAUAAGAAGGACAAGAAGAAUAAGAAGAACAACAAGAGGAAGAACAGGCGUACUCGUCGCAGUGGUUAA